AUGAAUCAGCUGCUGGAAGUCGAGUACGUUCAUUUCCCUUCACGGCGUGACACGUACCGGGUACGCUUGGACACGGCGGACGGCGACGUCCCGUUCAAACUCUGGCUUGAAAACAAGCAUCGGAAAACGGAAUGGGUGGGUGUUUUCAGCGACGAAAGCACCAUCAAAGGGAAGGAGUUGAAUCAUGCCGUGCCUCUUCACCAAGUUGUCUCGAUGCUUAAGGCGGCUCUGCUUGCGUCCUGCACAAAGCCGGACCAGAACGAGAGCGACGUGACUGUCGAUUUGAAGGACGAGCCGCAUGACCACGUGCGUGUUGAAAUGACGGUGAUGAAGCCACCCAGUCGGUACUCGUUCCAUUUGACCCCCGCCGAUGUGGCCGCCACUGCAAAGCUGGAAGACCAAGUUCACGCAUUGGAGGACCAGCUGGAGGAACUCAAGAGGACCACGUUGGAAAGCCAUGUCAGGUGA